AUGGUGAUAAAGAAUCAUGUAUGCUUUGAACAUGAAAUUUCAAUUGUUUCUCAAGAAGAUAUUGUUGGAUUACAACCAGAUCAUUGGUUAUUAAAAUCAAAAACAAAUUAUAUUGGUUUUAUUCAAGUCAAAUGUAAUGAAGAUUCAUUUUAUGAUCCAAAGGUCAUUGGACAAAUGUUUGAUUAUUUAAUGGGUCUUUCUUAUCAUUUUGGCAAAUUACAAGCAUUUGGACUUUUAUUAACAUACAACAAAGCAAUGCCUUUAUUCACACAUGAUUCACUAAAAUCGGCAACAUCUGUUUUACCUGAUCAAAUUGGCAAAACUGUAAAACUAAAUUUAAACCAUUUUUAA